GGAAGUCUUGGUUAAUUCUCAACUUCUCUGAGCCUCAGUUUUCUCACUUAGGAUAUGGAGAUUAUAGAGUUUUUGUGAGGUAUAUUGAAUCACAUCUUGCAUAAAGUGGGCUACUGAACAAACAUUUACUAUAUUAGUGAUCAAAUAAAUUAACCAGUCAGAUACUGUGUGUGAAAGAGUUCCAUCAACAGCAAGUGCUGAGUAAACAUGAAGGACUGGGUGUUAUGACUGUUUGUUUUAUCACAGGUCUCAUCUCUUAAAUCCAUCUUCUUCGAGUGAUUCCAUGGUGCGUACAAAUAAUGUAACUGAGUUAAUUUUCAGCGGUCUUUUCCAGGACCCAGAGGUGCAGAGAGCGUGCUUUGUGGUGUUUCUCCCCGUGUACUUGGCCACGGUGGUGGGCAACGGCCUCAUCGUCCUGACGGUUAGCGUCAGGAAGAGCCUGCGUGCCCCCGUGUACUUCUUCCUUAGUCACCUGUCGCUGGUGGAGAUCAGCUACUCCUCCACUGUUGUCCCCAAAUUCAUCACAGACUUACUUUCCGAGAUUAAGACCAUCUCUAUGGAGGGUUGUCUGGCUCAGAUAUUCUUCUUUCACUUCUUUGGGGUCACUGAGAUCCUCUUACUGGUGGUGAUGGCUUAUGACCGCUAUGUGGCCAUCUGCAAACCUCUUCAUUAUAUGAGCAUUAUGAACCGUCAACUGUGUUACAUAUUAGUAGCUGGUUCCUGGCUUGGAGGCUUCUUUCACUCCAUAAUUCAGGUUCUCAUCACCAUCCAAUUGCCCUUCUGCGGUCCCAACGUGAUUGACCACUACUUCUGUGACCUCCAUCCCUUGUUCAAGCUUGCCUGCACUGACACCUCUGUGGAGGGGGUCGUUGUGUUGGCCAACAGUGGAUUAUUCUCCAUCUUUUCUUUCCUCCUCUUGGUGUCCUCCUAUAUUGUCAUCCUGGUCAGCUUGAGGAACCAUUCAGCAGAGGGCAGACGCAAAGCCCUCUCCACCUGCGCCUCUCACCUCACGGUGGUCACCUUGUUCUUUGGACCCGCCAUCUUCCUCUACAUGCGGCCCGCCUCCACCUUCACUGAGGACAAGCUGGUGGCCGUGUUCUACACGGUGGUCACCCCCAUGCUGAACCCCAUCAUCUACACACUCAGAAAUGCAGAGAUGAAAAUCGCCAUGAGGAGGUUGUGGGGCAAAAAGGAGAACUCAGGGAUGGAGCAAAAAUGGGAAAGUGAUUAAUAAAAGUGUGCCUGAU